UAGUUAUCUCCUCCUCCACCAUCAACGUCCACAGGCUGACGGAGAAUGUACGAGAGCCGGCUAGUGUUUUCCGCACGCGAGCUCACACAUUUAAAGAUCAGUACCGGGAGCGACCACGAGGACAACGGCGGUGCUCUCAGUAAAAACCCUUUACUCUAUCCGGGUUCAUAACUCUUAUUCAUACGGUUUGACUUUUUUGUUUUCAGCAGAGGAGGACUGUCACUGUUCACGUUACACCGGUCGCCGGUUUCUACUUUUGAACAGACAGGAAGUCAUGCCUCAGAAACAGAAGACAAAGUCCUGGACGGAGCUGAAGCAAGCGGGUAACGAGUGCUUUAAGACAGGCCAGUAUGGAGAAGCUGUCAAUCUCUACAGCCAGGCCAUCAAGGUGCUGGAAAAGUCCAGAGAAGAAAGCGCAGCAGAUUUGGCCAUUUUGUACUCAAACCGUGCUGCGAGCUACCUGAAGGAUGGCAACUGCACUGCAUGCGUGAAGGACUGCGAUAUGUCUCUGGAGUUGUCUCCCUUCAAUGUGAAGUCUCUACUUCGCCGUGCUGCUGCAUAUGAAGCUGUUGAGCAGUACAGAAACGCCUACGUCGACUACAGAACCGUCCUGCUUAUUGACUGCAACGUAACCGCCGCUCAAGAUGGCACGCACAGAAUGACUAAGGCCCUCACCGAGGCAGACGGCCCGUCCUGGAGGGAAAAGCUUCCUCCCAUCCCGUCGGUUCCUGUAUCUGUGAGAGAGAAAUUUGCCCAACAGGCUGCAGCCAAUGCGAAGCAGCAGAACUCUGCAGCAGACCAGAACGGCAUCAAAGAAACAACCAAACCAGCUCCCAGUAGUGAAGACUUAAAGAAAGGCCAGGUUUUAAAAGAAGAAGGGAACGCUCUGGUGAAGAAAGGAGAGCAUAGAAAAGCCAUUGACAAAUACACCCAGAGCCUUCAAUACAACCCCUCUGAGGUCGCAACUUACACUAACCGGGCCCUGUGCUACCUGUCUGUGAAGCAGUUUCGAGAAGCCAUCAGCGACUGUGACAAAGCUCUGAUGAUUGACAGCAGCAACAUCAAGGCUCUGUACAGGAGAGCUCAGGCUCACAAGGAGCUCAAGAACAUCAAAGCGUGCGUGGAAGAUCUGCACUCUUUGAUGAAGGUGGAACCAAAGAACACAGCAGCCCUGAAACUGCUGCAGGAGGUGCAGAAGAUGUGAGGAUCCUCCAAACCCAACAUCCAACUCACUCCCAAACAGAAACAGACUUCUUUAAAAUCUGCAUUUGACCUUUGACCUUCACAUGAACAUCAUCAGGACACUUCCAGCAAACCUAGUUCUCCUUGGUAAAAAAUAUGUCAGCAAAGUCAUGAAGCAGCAGCGAUUUGCUGCUCCUGCUUUUGUGAUAAGCUCUUUCCCGUCUGUCCAAGCGAUGAAGAAUGUUUUUCAUCCUUAAAAUGUAAUUUCUGCUAAAACCAGAUUCCUACCAGCUCAGAGUCAUUGUUUGCUAAAUGCACAAUGUUUGCACGUCAACCUGUGUCCAUUUUAUUCAGUCAAAUACUUUAUUACUGACUUGCAUUAAGGUUAUGAUGCUGUUGAUUUGUCCAUCUGAGUUCAGCUGUUGGAGCACAAGAGAUGGCACAGAUGCUAUGCUUUGAUUUCAUGUUUUUAUGCUGUUUAUUAUUUGUUUUUUUUUUUGUUUUUGACUUUUAAACGUGUUCUGCGUGUGUGUGCAGUUUUCAAAACUUAGGAUUUGCAAAUAAAAGCUGUUGCUGCUAUUU